AUGCAUUACAAUCAGCUUGCAAGCAUUCUCGUUGUGAUUUCAACAGUCUCUGGCCUCUCGGUUUCCAAAUCAGUAGCUUCGAAUAUAGAUAAGAGACAGACCGCAGGAAUCAACAAUCCUGGAUUUACCUGUGGAUCUGAUACGUUCUCUCAAGAAGUAGUUGGAAAGGCUGCCGAGAGAUCGUGUACACUUCAGGCCAAUCCAGACCUCGAUGACUUCUUCACACUCCGCCGCUUUCCAAGGAACUUCAAGCCCAAACCAGAUCAGGGCGAAUUUACCGGCGUCGAAGGGGAACAACACAUUUUUCCAGUCUUCAAAGAUGGAGACGUCUUCCAAAAUAACAGGUUAUCGGGCAGCAUUCGCGUCGUAACUACGGGUCUUGAUACAACUAACUGCACAGUAAUUGGUCUCGUCAAGGAAGAAAUAAAAGUUGAUGCUGAUGUUGAUUUUAAUGCUUCGGCCACCGAUGUUGAUCUCGAUUCCGAUCUCGAUGUUGGUAAAAAAUUUACUAAGUGCGAGCCAUUAACACAGUGA